CUUGAUCCACGAUCGAUCUAUCGUUCGAUCCCAUUGGACAAGGGAAGCUCAACGCCAAGCACCAAAAAUGGCGGUCCCGUCGUCAUCUUCAUCAUCAGUGCAAUCCCUCAUCAAGGAGAGGAAGUACCCCUUCAUCCUCCUCUCCGCCACCCUCCUCUUCAUCUUCCUCACCCUAUUCCUCUCCCUCUCCGGCCUCGCCAGCCCCCUUGGUCUCUACUCCCGCCCCCAACUCUUCUCCUCCUCCGAAGAUCUCCACAUCUCCACCUCCUCCUCCUCCCCGCCUCAGCCCCUUGUAGCCUCUUCAUUCGGGUCCCCUCCCCAGCCUCCCGGAAACAAUAACGCCGCAUCUCCUCCUCCUUCCGAUGAUGACCGGGAUCUCGUUCGGGCCGAGGCCGCGAGGUUCAAGUGGAGCCUUUGUAAGGGCCCGGUCGCGGUGGACUACAUCCCCUGCCUCGACAACUACCAGGCCAUCAAGGCGCUCAAGAGCAAGCGGCACAUGGAACACAGGGAGCGGCACUGCCCCAGCCCGGCCCCCCGCUGCCUGGUCCCGUUCCCGACUGGUUACAGGGUUCCGGUUCCAUGGCCUAAGAGCAGGGACAUGAUAUGGUACGAUAAUGUUCCUCACCCGAAGCUCGUGGAGUACAAGAAGGAUCAGAAUUGGGUGCAAAAAAAGGGCGAUUAUUUAGUCUUUCCUGGAGGAGGAACACAGUUCAAAUACGGAGUUUCCAAGUACAUCGAGCUAAUAGAGAAGACUCUACCAGUCAUAGAAUGGGGAAAGCAUGUCAGAGUGGUUUUAGAUGUCGGCUGUGGGGUUGCGAGCUUUGGGGGUGCUCUGCUCGAUAGGGAUGUUAUCACGAUGUCCUUCGCGCCAAAGGAUGAACACGAAGCUCAGAUUCAGUUUGCUCUGGAGCGAGGGAUCCCUGCUACUCUCUCAGUUAUUGGGACCCAGAAACUGGUUUUCCCUGAUAACGCAUUUGACCUGAUUCACUGUGCGAGAUGCAGGGUCCAUUGGGAUGCAAGCGGUGGGAAGCCCUUGUUGGAGCUCAACAGGAUUAUGAGGCCCGGAGGGUUCUUCAUUUGGUCUGCUACACCGGUUUAUAUGAACGAUGAGAAGCACCAGAGUGUCUGGAAUUCAAUGGUUGCAUUAACCAAGUCUAUGUGCUGGGAAGUGGUGGCUAUGGCGGUUGAUUCUUCUGGGGUCGGGCUCGUCAUAUAUCAGAAGCCCGUGUCAUAUUCCUGCUAUGAAACCCGCCAAGAGAGAAACCCGCCUCUUUGUGAAAACCAAGGCCAACCUAACAAUUCAUGGUAUGUGCCUCUGAGUGGUUGUAUCUCAAGGCUUCCAGUUGAUACGAAGUGGCCGACUCCAUGGCCGGAUAGGCUCAAGAGUAGGCCUCUCAGCCUGUCAAGUGGAUUUGAGGCCGAGCAAUUGUUUCGAGAGGACACUAAGCAUUGGUCCUCCCUCAUAUCAGACGUGUACUCGGAGGGCAUAGGUAUAAAUUGGACGAACGUGAGAAAUGUGAUGGACAUGAAUGCUGGUUAUGGAGGAUUUGCAGUGGCACUCAUUGAUAUGCCGAUAUGGGUAAUGAACGUGGUCCCGAUAGAGAUGCAAGACACUCUGUCCGUAAUAUAUGACAGAGGGUUGAUAGGAGUCUAUCACGAUUGGUGCGAGUCUUUCAACACCUACCCUCGAACAUUCGAUCUGCUUCAUUCGAGUUUUCUCUUCAAAAAUCUGUCGCAAAGGUGCGACAUUGUAGAAGUAAUUGUGGAGAUAGAUCGGAUACUGAGACCGGGCGGGUACCUUCUGGUGCAAGACACAGGCGAUACAAUUAAGAAGCUUAGGCCGAUCUUGCUUUCGCAUUUCUGGAGAGUGACAAUUCAUCAAGAACAGUUUCUCAUCGGCAUCAAAGGCUUUUGGCGUCCGGAAGGUGGAACUGUUAGUCGGUGAAAUUGAAGACCCCUAGUUUUCCCCUGUACGAUUAUACAGGCCACUUUUGGUAUAACAAAAAGGGAAGGCAAUGCAAUGGAACAACCAGUCAGAACUGGACGAUGCCAUUUUCCAUUCCCUUGCUAGCAAAUAGAGUUGCUUGUAUACUUUUGUGUUCGGUCCUGUAAAGAACAUAUAGCUGCAAUGCCUUGAAUUUUGAUGUUCGACAUGACAUAUUAGUGACUUAUACUACGAGGGAUCGACGGAAUGAUAUCAACUGUUGAGUUUCGCCA